GUUUGGAAGUGUUGAUCAUCUUGUCAUCCCCGAAUAAACCUGGUCUGUUGUGUACAGCUAGCACGCUGAGCUGCGAGCGAUGAACCAGAGGUCCUGAUUCCUGAAGCACGCUCAAAAUUCGUUGACACUGAUCAAUGAAACUUUAAUCCAGUUUCUGAAACUGUUGGUCACUCCCACCACCAGCCUCAUAUAAAUAAAUCUAUAAUAGACAAUCAUCGUUACGCAAAUAAUCAAUCAUUCAAUCCGCACUAGGAUAACCUUUUUCGUAUCAGUAGCCAUGGCAGCGCAACCAAAGAAGAUCAUAAUUGACACCGACCCUGGCAUUGAUGAUGCCAUGGCGAUUUUUCUGGCAUUACAGUCACCCGAGGUGGAGGUGAUUGGACUUACAACUAUAUAUGGGAAUGUUUAUACAACCCUAGCCACGAGAAAUGCCUUGCAUUUGCUUGAAGUUGCUGGAAGAACUGAUAUCCCUGUUGCUGAGGGAUCUCACGUCACAAUUACUAAAGGAACGAAACUUCGUAUUGCUGAUUUUGUUCAUGGUGCCGAUGGACUUGGGAACCAAAAUUUCCCUCCACCAAAAGGAAAGCCAACUGAACAGUCGGCAGCUUCUUUUCUCGUUGAUCAAGCAAACCUUUAUCCUGGAAAAGUCACAGUGGUGGCACUGGGCCCUCUUACAAAUGUUGCACUGGCUAUCCAACAGGAUCCUGCAUUUUCUAAGAACAUUGGGCAGAUUGUUAUUCUUGGCGGUGCUUUUGCAGUCAAUGGGAAUGUGAAUCCAGCAGCAGAGGCCAAUAUUUUUGGUGAUCCCGAUGCUGCAGAUAUUGUAUUCACAAGUGGAGCAGAUGUUUUGGCCGUGGGUAUAAAUGUUACUCAUCAAGUUGUACUGACAGAUGCUGAUAGAGAGAACUUGGCAAGGUCAGACGGGAAAUUUGCUCAGUACUUGUGCAAAAUCUUAGACGUGUACUUCUCUUAUCAUUACGAUGCAUACAGCACGAAUGGAGUUUACCUUCAUGAUCCAACUGCCCUUAUUGCAGCUGUUGACCCUUCACUUAUCACAUACACAGAAGGUGUUGUUAGAGUCCAGACCUGUGGCAUCACAAGGGGACUAACAAUAUUAUACAACAAACAGAAAAGGUUUGGUGAAGUCACCGAAUGGACCGAUAAACCCACAGUGAAGGUUGCGGUCACAGUUGAUGCUCCUGCUGUUGUCAAAUUGUUAAUGGAGCGGCUCAUGGACUCUUGAAGCAUUCAAACAACUGAUUGAUAUAUAAUUCAGAGGACAUAGGUCGUAGUUAACCGUCCUCGUGAUGUUCAUCGUUUGUAACAACACGAUCCUAAAAAUUAGGCCAUAAAAUAAGUUGAGAAAUGAUAGUUGCAGUCGUGAGUGUGCAAGUGUCAUGCAAUCAUUUUGAAAAAAAUGAAUAAAUAU